GAUUUUUCGCGCGGGAGAGGUCGCUGUUACCUCAGCGCUCCUCAGGCCUCCUCUCUGCCUCGGUCACCCCCCCCCCUCCCGGUUACCGGUGUUGAAGCGGGGGCCGGGGAGUGGAACUCUCCCGGUGUCCGAGCCGAUACUCCUCCCUACCUCGCCCUCAGCGCUCGGCAGCGGGGCCUCCUCACAGACCCGGGAGCCGGACCCACGGCGACCGCACAGACGAAUAUGAAUGGAACCGUGAUCCCGUUCACUCCAAUCGCUGUGGACUUUUGGCAGAUCCGGAAGUGCAGCAACAUCCGGUUGUUUUUCUUGUCGCACAUGCACACAGACCACACUUCUGGAUUAUCAUCCACCUGGAAGAAGCCUAUCUACUGUUCUCCAGUAACUGCCAAGCUGCUGCGCUGGAAACUUCAGGUGGAUGAAAUGUGGAUUCACCCAUUGGAAUUGGACGAGAGUCACCUGUUAAACCUUGAUGAAGCUGGCAGAGAAACUAUGACUGUGACACUAAUGGAUGCUAACCACUGUCCUGGUUCUGCUAUGUUUCUCUUUCAGGGUUACUUUGGCACGAUCCUGUACACAGCUGAUUUCCGAUACACGCCAGUCAUGUUUGAGCAGCCACCAUUGAAUCGAGAGCAAAGGAUUGACAUCUUGUAUCUCGACAACACAAACUGCGAUCCAGAGGUUACAGUACUUGCGCGUCAGGAUGCUGCUGAACAGAUCAAAGGCAUUAUUGGGAGUUACCCUGAGCAUGAUAUAGUAAUCGGUUUGUAUUGUUUGGGCAAGGAGUCCUUAUUAACAGAACUCGCACUGGCCUUUAAAACAUGGAUUGUGGUCAGUCCGCAGAGACUUGAGAUGUUCCAGUUGUUAGGGCUGCCUAAUGUCUUCACAUCGGAGGAGGGAGCGGGAAGAAUCCGAGUGGUAGAACAGAGUAAGAUUAACAGCUACAACAUGAUCCGAUGGAAUCGGGAACAUCCUACGAAAGCCAUCUUACCCACGAGCCGAAAGCAUAAGGUUUUCCACCCGGAUAUCCAUGUGGUUUGCUACUCUGAUCACUCCUCGUUUGAAGAACUACAAGAAUUUGUAUCCAGGCUGAGGCCUUGCUCUCUUAUCCCUGUUGUCAGAGGGAUGGGCUGCGAGAGCUACUUUCGUCACCACCUUAGCCCGCGUGACGAGUCACAACGCUUCAAAGUUCCAGAAAGUGUGGAAAGGUUUAUGCAGCAGGACACAGGGUGCCAGCAAGUACCAUUGCGUCAGGUGAACUCGAGGUUGAGGAGUCUCAAUAUUUCCAGGGGUGUGGUGUUUGACUCACCGGAUUCAAAGAAAGCACCAGAGGAAGGACGACCAGAUUGCAAUGGAGCCAGCAAUCCGAGUGAAUCAGAGAAUAGCCUUGAGAGUUGCGACGAUAUAAUGGCGGAGGAUUUUAGUCCGCAGUCAAUGUCUAAGGCCAAUACUGUUGACAGUGCACUUAACUUUCUUAAAAGAAAAUUCAGAAUACCUUUAGCCAUGUUUGAGAGAGCCGAAGCACCCUCACCCGUGAAGGUGAUGCCCAUUCAUGUGAAAGCAAGGCAGGCAUCACUGUUAGAUGUCUGGGGUGGUGAGGAAUGUACACGACCAGCUGUGAGCAGCAGCUCUUUGCCCUCUGGAAUCCACUUGGAUCUGGCUUCCAACGCAAACACAUCACGCUCUUCAAACGGCAACCUUUCAUCCUCGUCCUCCGAUGUGCAAGACAGCUUGGAGAGAGCGAGUAGCUCCAGUUCCUCAGCACAUGUUAAGAGGACAAGAAAGAGAAAGCACAGCAUGACGAAUGGGAUGGCAGUCAGUGCUCGGUGCUGUGCCAGUCUGCAGGCUUUUGAUGCAAUUGUUGAGCAGUACUUUAAGAAGAGGCAUAAAGCAUGUAUAAGCCACUAUUACGAUUAGAGUCUUCAAUAACUGUAAUGUAAAGGUGCCAGGUCCACCUUCAGUGUGUGUUUUUUUUCCCCUAACUACUUGGACCUGGGGCAUUGAGAAGGGACCGUUUGUUUCUGUUCACGUGUUUAAUCGUCUGAACAUUGGAAAUGCACAGUAUUUACUCGUGCAAAGGGACCCAAAUCUUAAGCACAGGCCCAUGUUUAGAGGUUUUUGUGAGGAAAGGAACUUUACUUCUAAGACAAACUUUGAUUUUCAGAGGAACGGCGACUCAGUUGUAACUUGCUUUUAAUAUAGAGAUAAAGACCCUAAUCGAGCAGUUCCUGAUCACUGCUGAUGAGCACGUGUGUGAAGCGAGGGGGAAGUGACUUCAGCAGUGACCUGACGACCCAGAAGUUGGCCAUUUUUCUCCCAUCUUUCUUAUAAGAUUAGACAUGGGACUCAACCAACUGCAUUAUUAACAAGGUUUCCCUUUUACGUUUGGAAUGAAAAACCUAUGCCUUUGAUUUCAAUAAAUACAGAAGAUUUCUACUUCCAUGAGCUCCAGAUUAAGGAUUCAUAAACAAAACGUGAUUUAUCCAAUGCCUAUUCAAUAGUUUAUGGAAUCGAAUCAUUGUCUGUGUAGUUUGGGUGAAUGUUACGUUUGACAGUUUGAGUUAUUGCUGUACUAUUUCCACCACUGCCAGGGAAGGACGGGAGAAUCUCUGAGCAAAGGUGUUGUAACCGUUUUGCUUCCUUUUCCUAUCUCACCAAUUUUCUCUUGCCUCUCCUCAAAAUGGUGAUUUUUCUGGGUACAGUUCCAUGGGAUCGGUAACCCAUCGUGCUUUAGAUUAAACUAAUUAUGAAGAUUA